GGUGUUAAAACUCCCACGCUUUGGGACGCGACUGCGGAGUCGCGCUUUUUCACCUUUCCCUGACACGAAUCCCAGGUGGGAGAAGAUCUCACUUUUUCACGAGAGAUCGGGAAGGCUGCGCCUGCCACGGGUGGGGUGGGGCGUAUAAUAAAAAGCGGUUCUUCCAUCCCUAUAACUCAGGGGGAGGUUUUGGAGACCCGCGUCGCCGGCGGCGGAGGAGGAUGGAGUGUGUCAUCCGAGAAGCCACCGUCGAGGAUUGCGAGAACCUCAUGAGCCUGAUACAUGAAAUUGCUGACUAUCACCAUUUACUGGAGGACGUGACGAUCAGUUCUCAAGUUCUAAAAGCGGACGGCUUUGGCAAGGACCCCUUCUUCAAAUGCCUCCUGGCUGAGCAGCCUGUGGAAAAGGGAUGCAAGCCAGCUCGUCCUAUUGGCCAUGCCCUGUACUUCUUUGGGUACAAUGUCAACCAUGGGAGGAUGGUCUACCUGGAAAACUUGUACGUGGUGGAAGAAUUCAGAGGGAAAGGAAUCGGGAAACAGUUAUUGAGCAAAGUAGCAGAGAUUGCCCUGGAAGCCGGCUGCGCGGAGAUAAAGUUUGUCACCAUGGAAUGGAACCGGCAGGCCAAGGAUUUUUACGUCCGCCUGGGGGCUCACGAUACCACCAACUCCGAGGAUCUGCACUGCAUGGUUCUGGAUAGGGAUGCCUUGCAAAGGUUGCGGCAAGGCGGGAAGGAGAAGAUCCCGCGCUGAACUCCCUAUUAAAUGGGAAGGUGGAACAGCGCCCCCUGCUGUUAUCCACAACAGAGUUUAUAUCAUACAUAAAGAGUUUAUU